AUGCAAUCUUAUACACUUUCACAAAGUUUUAUUGGACAUAAUCAAGAUGUUAAAGCUAUCUCUAUAGGGCCUGAAUCUCAACUUCUUUCUGCUUCAAGGGAUGGUACAGUUCGUUCAUGGAAUAUUUCGAAAGAAUCAAAUAUCAAAUCAAAUAUUUAUUCAAUGCACAUAGGUCAUGUAAAUAGCUUAACAUUUAUUAAAUGUUCAGAGAAAUAUCCACAUGGUCUCAUAGUGAGCAGUGGACAAGAUAAGUUCAUUGCAGUUUAUGAUCCUUAUAAAUCUACAGAACCUGAUUAUAUGUUAAUCGGACACAAAGAGAACGUAUGUGUAUUGCACGCUACAGAGGAUUGUAUGAUUAUAUCUGGAUCUUGGGACAAAACAGCAAAAAUCUGGAGAGAUUGGCAAUGUGCUUAUACACUGUAUGGACAUACAGCAGCAGUUUGGGCAGCAAUAAUUGUAGAUGAAAAUAGAUUUCUUACAGUGAGUCUAGGAUCAGCAGAUAAGACGAUUAUUCUCUGGCAUAAAGAUGUUAAAACUAUAUUGUUUGAAGGCCAUACAGAUUGUGUUAGAAGUUUAUGUAAAAUAUCAGAUUCUGAAUUUGCUAGUUGUGGAAAUGAUGGAGUGAUUUAUAUAUGGUCAUUUUCAGGAGAAAAAAUUCAAAAAAUAGUAGAUGGUUCUUCUUUUAUAUAUUCUAUAUCAGUAUUAUCUACAAAAGAAAUUGUUUCCAGUGGCGAAGACAGAUCUGUUAAAAUCUGGAAAAAUGGAGAAUGUAUUCAAACUAUCAUGCACCCAGCAGUUAGCAUUUGGAGUGUUUUUGUCCUUAAAAACGAUGAUAUUGUUACUGGAGGAAGUGAUGGUAUUGUCAGAAUAUUUACAAAGAAUAAAGAAAGAAUAGCAUCAAAAGAAGAAAUAGAUGAAUUCAAUAAGGAUGUUGCUUCACAUAAAAUAUCUAAUAAUUCUAUGAAUUAUAUAGACAAAGAAAAGCUUCCUGGAUUAGAAGCACUUCAAAAACAGGGAAAAAAAGACCAGGUUAUUAUGAUUAAAGCUAAUAAUUUGGUUGAAGCAUAUCAAUGGGAUAUGUCUAAAAUGACAUGGAAUAAAGUCGGAGAAGUUGUUGAUGUGGCCAGUCCAUCACAAAAACAAUUUUAUAAUGGUCAAAAGUAUGACUAUGUUUUUGAUGUUGAUAUUUCAGAGGACUCUCCUCCAUUAAAGUUACCUUAUAAUGUGAAUCAAAAUCCUUAUGAAGUUGCUUAUCAAUUUAUAAAACACAAUGAACUUCCUAUGGAAUAUCUUGAUAAAAUUGCUCAAUUUAUACAAAAAAAUACAGAAGCAAUUAAAAUAGAAAGACAAGAAUCAUUUGUAGACCCUUAUUCUACUGGAAGAUAUAUUCCUGGCUGUAUUAAUUCUGAAAACUCAAAUUCUUUCUCUAAAAAAGUUUUACCACAUACCACUUUUUUGUCAUUUAAACAAGCAAAUAUAUCAGCAUUGGCUCGAAAAUGUUUAGAGUUUAAUUCAGGCUUUCUAGAAUCAGGAUAUAAAAAUAUAUCUUUAAAUCCAGAUGAAAUUUCAGCUUUAAAAAUAAUAGUAGAAUAUCUUAAAACAUCUGAAAACAAGUCCCUUGUUCAGAAUAUAGAAUUAGUAUCCUUAGAUUUAGCUACUAAAUUAUCAAAUAUAUGGCCUUAUGAUAAAAGAUUUCCUGGAUUAGAUAUGUUAAGGAUACUUUGCGGGAUAUUUGAAGAAAUCGGCUCGUAUAAAUAUAGCACGAAAUCUAUAAUCGAUAUAAUUAUAGAUGGAGGAUUUUCUGAUGUUUCUUCUAAUUUUUCUAAAAAAAUAAUUGAAAAUAAUAUUAUGUUAUCUCUUAAAGCUUUAGUAAAUCUAUUUGAAAAAGAUUCCGGAAAAGAAAUAUUAAAUAAAGAGUUCGAAAAGAUAAUAACUAAAAUAUCUGGUAUUUACAACGACUUAACUGCUCGUGAUGCGAAAAUUGCACUUAGCACUUUAUAUUUAAAUUUCUCUAUUUUUUUUUACCAACUAUCAUCAGUACAGAAUGCGCUUAGUAUUCUUAGUCCUAUACUGGAGAUUUUAUCAGAAGACAGUGAUUCUGAAUGCAUUUAUAGGACAAUGGUAGCACUUGGGACUACCUUAUAUACACUUAAGAACUUAAAAAAAAUAACAUAUAAGGUUCUAACUAUUAUUCAAAAAUGCAAAAAUAAAUUUAGAGAAUCACGAAUAGAACUAUUAGUUAAAGAGAUUUUAGAAAUACUACAGUCACAAAAAUAA